UGAGUCCAAAUGCUCCAUCCGAUGGAACCCUCAGCCCACCCAACCUUCCAGGAACCGCUUCGCUCUACGAUCGAUGGAACCAUGGUUGUGUGCCUGUCGAUGAUUACUGUUAUGGUCCAGGCUAAUGUGACACUACCGGUUGCUAUGACUUUGACACGAAAUCUUAACCUGAUCCGCCCGGCCGUCUCAGGAUCCUGGAUGGAGCCCCCUUGACUUCCUCGACCGCAUGGUCAUAGCCAAAUGGAUACUUGCCUUUUGGGCGGUGUUGCGCGCCCUCAACUUUCCUGCUCCACCCCUACGAAUGAGAUUGCUUUCUCGACGCUUGACCUGUGCUCGCACGGACGGAUCCUUAGACCCCCGAUCAAUCCCUCGACAACCUGUCUGAACACAUCGUUAAAAGGAGCUCGGGUGCCCAAUUCCAAUCCGUGCGAGCUCAAUUGUUUUCUUUCCCGAAUUUUUGCAGACGCCGACUUCGUCCAACACAUCCCUCUUCUGCCUUCUCCUCUCGAGACGUCGAUUCGAAAACCUCACCCUCCCCGUCUCGCCGACUUCCCUUCACCGCAAAUCAGGGGAGGCCGAGAACUCCGACAGUCGACCGCCAAUUGAUUCUGUAACGUACGGGGUUUACACUGUGGGGAGGCAAGACUCAUUUUCGGGGUUCAGGGUGCAAAAGCUUCUGAAACCACGGAACCGGCCGAAGAUUAUCAAGCUAUACCGAAAGUAUCUUUUAUAAGGUUUGCUAUUUGACGUGAAAUAGCCGGGUCCUGGCGGCAUUUAGAGCAGAGCACCUGGAAUCAAAGAAAAACAACCUUUACAGCAAUUGAGAGGUCCGGAUUCCUGUCAAUUCCAAUGAUGCCUGCGCAGAAUUUGGAUAUAACUAUGAGGACGUCGAGUGCGCAUGGUGCGGAGGGUGGAAUGCACCUCACAAAUGCCAGCCAGGAGGAUUUACGGCGUGAAAAGGCAUCGAAGGCUCAGAAGAUUUUGGGCACAGCCGACCGUUCCUUCCACCAAGAUCACCAGAAAUGGGAAGAGAAGAAGAAAGGGCACCGACCUAGCUUCAUGAAAUCUUCAGAAGCGAAAUCGAAAAAAGGCGGCAGUUUUGUUCCUUUCCCAGCAUCGGUCUCCGAAAACACACUCCCACCUCCGCACCUUCGGGUGCGAGCAUCGUCUCCCCUUUUGGGUCAAGAGUACCGCUCGCAAGAUGAGCCGCCACCAUCGCUGCCCAAGACGUCAAAGAAAGUCCAUCACUCUGGCUCUGCCUCCGCCUUGUAUUCUUAUUUCACCUCUCGAGAUUCCUCCGCCGACCAAAGCACGGAUGGCGGAAACUCCACGAAAGAGUUCAGUUUUCCUGGAAUUGGGAACUCGGACUCGCAGCACAAUAACGGUAGCGGCGCAGGGCUCAAGCAGCCGGCAGGAUUCAUGAAAGAAUCGAAACGGAAAAUGCGUCCGCCUAGAAUUGACCUUUCGCUAUUGUUCCCUAAGCCGCGGGCCACUGCUGCGCCUCUUCUUUCACCUCAGCGCAUGGUCAAUUCCCCUUCAGCCAUCUCGAUGGCCUCGGAAUACUCGGCCCCCAACCCAAAGAAGCCAGAUAACCAUGCAUCUGGCAAGAAACUUACAAAGACACCGCCCCCUUCGAGACGCUCGGGUCGGAGGCCCAGUGGCCUUGAAUCGAUCAGUGAUGCUGGCGAAUCUACGACGUCGCAUGAAGUUCCAACAUCUAACUGGACGGACCCUUCGCUCGAACGAGCUGUGGGCACCAGUGAGAUAGAUUUGGCAUUGGAGAAAUACAGUGGCCUACAACAGCCUUCGCGACCUGCUCCGAGGACCAGAUCGGACCGAACACGCUCGCAAAAUUUGAGUCGGGAUCAGUCGCACAGUAACGAUGCGCAACCCUCCAGCGGCUCCUUGCAAAAGGUUCCAUCCAACGCAUCCACGGGGGGAUGGAGCAAAGAGACGUAUCUCUCGCCAAAAACUUGUGCCCACCCUAGACCCAGCCGCGUCACUCGACGGAACGACAUGCCGGAAAAAUUUCCCAUCCCUGAGAACCAAACGAUGUCAAAGAAGAGCAGCAAAAACACAUUGAAGAACUCCGACCUCAACAAUCUCAGUGUUCUAUGUCUUUCGUCGUCGGAAGAUGAGGAUGAGGAUGAGGAUGAGGAAGAACUGACCGGAAUUCAACUGACUGGGCACAAGGGCGCGCGAGAUAGCGUGACCACAUACGGUGACUCCGACGCCGAAAUUUGCACAGCAUCUGCUGCGCACACCACAAGAGGCACGUUAAGGCGAGUUGAAAGGCCAAUCUCGACCAGCAGCCGUGGAUCGCGUUCUCUUCAGCGCCAGUCCUCCGUCCGUCGCAAUCCGUCCAUGUCGUCGGCCGGGCGGUCAUCCGUUGGGACACGCAAGAGUCAAUCUCGUCGAUCCAGCGGAAUUCCCACCAUCUCCGAACCCGAAUUCUACCACAGCGAUCCGAUCUUCAGCCAGAAGCGAAACCCCAGUCUUUCUCGGAAAGAAAUUGAUCGACGAAGCCGGAUCAUGACCGUGACUAGACAGGAAGAAACCCUUCUGGAAGCAAUGAGACAACGCCAGGGAAAAAUCACACCCAGUCUGUUUCACGAAGCUCGAUUCAAUGGACAGGAACCCGAUAGAAACUCCAUGUUGUCGGUAGCUCCUUCGCGGGAUUCAUUUUACGGAUCUGGCAUGUCUUUUUUACGCCUAAGCCCCAGCUUCCCGCCUAAUCAAGCGCGACCGGACCAAACUGGCAGCAACUUUGACAAAGAUAGUCAUGGCGCGCCUUCUGAUAUCGACCAGAGGACCAUCUACUCGGGCGUUUCUCCUCGGGCGAGCUUGGUGUAUUCAGAGAGCCUGCCGUCCCCGUCCACGAGUGCCGCUUCUCCCAUGACGCCGACUCUCCCUAUCCAUCGAUUUUCUCCGCUUCCAUCGCAAAAGCCACCUCCACGCGGUCCUCCUCCCCCUGUUCCCCAGAGCCAAAGGCGACACUCGCGGCGACGCACCGACAGCAGCGAGGCAAUCGUCUUGGACGAGCCGGAUAACUCCAAGGAGAAAACCGAGUUCCCUCUCUGGGCCGUGGGAUGGAAUAACGAAGGUGCCAGCCUGACGGCCGUGCAUUAAAUGACGAAACACAAAGCAAGGCACGCAGGUCACCUGCUCAAGCACGAUCCUCUACAUUUAUUCUACCAACCAUCUGGUCAUGGACACUCACUAAUGUCUCUCUCUCUCUCUCUCUCUCUCUCUCUCCCUCUCUUUUCUUUGGACUCAUUCCUUCCAGCGCGCUUAUCAUGUAUUCGAUGUGAUUGCAUACGUUAUUUUUACCUUCUGUAUAGACUAUACACUGCCGGGCUUCCCAGCCACAUUUCCUAUCUUGUAUUUUAUUUUGGGUUAUAGCGACUUGUAUAUAGACAACCGACAAGCGGGGAAUAUGAGAAUCAUCUCACCAUGAUGCUUCCCCAAAUUGCCGUGGAUAAUCAUUGCUAUUCCUGAAUUCAGGUUAAUGAGCGAUAUUUAUUGUUACACCUCGACGCUGCUACCAGGGCAGUCCAUCGUUAAAUGACGCUGCCUAGGUCAUGUACGACCGAGGAGAUCCUGGUCGGUGCUACUACCCAUGAGCACCUUACAUGAGCUACCUGUAGGAUUUCCCAGCUGCGCCCCGUUGGGCUACCGUGGCUUGCCAAGCUGCAGACGAGGAAGCAUUGCUGGCUCAAGGGAUAGCGAAUGAGACUCACGGGGAGCUGACGUCAGGUUGCUUCUGGAAGGGGAUGGGAUGGCAUGGUUCGUCGACGACAG